AUGGACCCUGCCUCGGGUCGCUCAGGGCCCACGCAGGUCAGAGAGCGUCCCGUGCGACGCGACCAAGUGCCGACGACUUGUCACUUGUUUGCGCGACCAACGUGGGCCUGGAUACCGGGGACGGACCAGUCUUCACGUCGAUGUGAUUUGGAGAGAGGGAGGACCCCAGUUGGGCAGCCAGAUGAAGCAAUGUACCUGGACGCCUGCGAAGACAGACUGUCGGACUCGGAUAUGCUUGAUGAGGCAGGCGCCACGUCAAGCGUCCCAGCUGUGCCUCUGCGCACUCGUAGAUCAGACAAAGGAUCAGAAGCGUGGAAUCGCGCUGCUGAGAGGCUGCGCUCGCUGACAUCUGCAGCGGCCCUGCAUCAUCAGCUCUCUUGCCUCUCCGGGGCAGGCAACGCAGCACCGUCUGCGUCCCUCAGUGGGAAACCUUUUUGGGCCUGCUGCAUCCCGCCCAGGGGACGGAAAAAGUGA